UGUCCUCUCCAUUAAUGCUCAUGGUGCUCUCUUCUGGCUUAGGUUUUAUAGUCCCCACUGUUCAGGUGAGGCAAUUCAAGCCCAGAGACUCUAAAUGACCCCUAGGAGCCGCAAAGCUAGAGUGGAGGAGGCAGAAAUGGAAACCUCGCGUUGGUCGGCUGAACUCGUGCUCCUACCUGCGACAAUAUGCUGAUGGCCCAGCUCCCUGUCAGGACGCCAGGUUAAUCCCCUGACAGAGGUGACAUGGAACAACAAUCGGCAAACCACAGAUGACCCUCAACAGUUGCAGAGCAAAUGCACUAGUUACACUCAAACAGGGUAGUGCUUGCGACGCGCCCAGAAGGCCAACAGGUGGCGCCCAGAGCCCGCCCAUUGCUCUGUUUUGCAGAUUUGCCAGCAUUUCCUUCCCAGCUUGCAGCUGAAAUUACCCGGAAGUGCGGUCCGGGACAUGGUGUGAAGAGGAAUGCUGCUGUGGGGGUCACUUUGCCACCAAGCAAAUAUUUACAUCUGGGACAGACCCUGGGCAACCUCUCUGCCUAGCCACUGGCUCCCUUCACUUGCUUUGGGAAGACAGGAUGGACAGAUUCUUGGUGAAGGGGGUUCUAGGGGGCCUUUUGGGAAAGAGAGGGCAAGAGCAGACAGGAGGAGGUCCAGCAGAGCUGGGAGAAAAUGAGGAAAGCAUCAGGAAAAGGCCCAGGAGAGAAACCCCAAGGAAUGGGGUUGAUUUGGCAGGCCCCAGCUGGCAACGCAUUCGAGCUGAGGGCCUGGACUGCGAUUACACAGUCCUAUUUGGCAAAGCUGAAGCAGACGAGAUUUUACGAGAGCUGGAGCAAGAAGUGGAAUAUUUUACAGGUGCACUGGCCAGGGUGCAGGUGUUUGGGAAGUGGCACAGCGUACCAAGGAAGCAGGCGACAUAUGGCGAUGCUGGGCUGACCUACACGUUUUCAGGCCUCACUCUGUCUCCAAAGCCCUGGAUCCCAGUUCUAGAGCGAGUCCGGGAUCGUGUUUCUUUGGUGACUGGACAGACCUUCAACUUUGUGCUCGUCAACAGGUAUAAAGAUGGGUGUGACCACAUUGGUGAGCACCGAGAUGACGAAAGAGAACUGGCUCCUGGGAGCCCCAUCGCCUCCGUCUCCUUUGGGGCCUGCAGAGACUUCUUCUUCCGGCAUAAGGAUUCUCGAGGGAAAAACCCCUCCCGGAGGGUGGAGGCGGUCAGGCUGCCACUGGCCCACGGAAGUUUACUUAUGAUGAACCACCCGACCAACACUCAUUGGUAUCACAGUCUCCCUGUCCGCAAGAAGGUUUUGGCUCCACGGGUCAACCUGACAUUUCGUAAAAUUCUGCCUACUAAAAAGUAAAAAUAUUUUUCAAGUA